AUGACGGAGCAAUCGACACUGGAACAGAUCAAGUCUAUGGAAGAGUUGGUUUCUUUCCUGUCACAUCCACGUCCAGAGCUGCGUAAGUCAGCAUCGAGUCUUCUGAUCAAUAUGACAGCAUCAGAUCAGGGCAUAUUUCAGCUACUACAGCUCAAGAAGUUUGAUGUGGUGCAAGCGCUUUGUCGCAUCGUGAGCGAUAUGCGACCCAUUGCAGAGGACGCAAUUAAGGCGCUUAUUAACUUGACAGCAGCUAAUCCGACGUCUUGUGAGCGUGCGCUCAAGUUUGAUAUACUGAAUCGCGUUAUGGCUCAAGUAGAGGACGACGAGUGGCAUCUGACCGACUACUCCAUGAUGCUACUAGCUAAUGUGACCACGACAGUAGAAGGCGCCAAAUCACUGCUAGGAUACGAUGACAAGUCAACCGAUGAUGCUAUUGCUUUGCGUGAGAAAAAAAUCCGCACGCUCACGAACUCGUUUCUGGAAGGAAAACCAGAGCCUGAUGGAGUUGAUAGCUUUACAGGUGAACCCAAAUGGGACGAUGAGUAUCAGUAUGUGGCCAACAUUUUGGCCAACAUUAGCCAGUUGGAACAAGGCCGUGAUUUUUUGUUAAAGAUACGCCAGAACACGUCAUUAGCUGGUGCGCUUCUUCCGCAACUCAAGUCACCUAAUGUCGUGCGUCGGCGAGGUAUUGUAGCUGCGCUCAAGAACUUAUGCUUUGACUCAGACAACCACUUUUAUCUGUACGACCAAUUGGAUAUUCCUGUUCAUAUGAUGCUCUUGCUUGCUGGUCCGGAGGAGCUUGACGAGGAUGACAAGAUGGGCAUGAACCCGGUCGUGUACAGCCAAGGUAACAAGAAAAAGCGAGAGCACGACCGACUGGUUCGUCUUGCUGCUGUGGACUGCCUAUUACUGCUGUGCACGACGCGCAAUGGACGUAAAGAUUUGCGUCGCAAGAAAGCAUAUCCGAUCAUCCGCAAUGCUCACUUGGAGGAGUCCGACGAAGAAAUUGGCGACCAGAUCUACAAACUUGUGGACUUUCUAAUUCGUGACGAGGAAGGUGAAGAGCCUGACUGGAAUGAGGUCCGCACAAUAUCAUUUGCUGCUGAUCAAGACACUAAAACGGCGGGUGACGACAAAGUGGUGUUGUCGUCAGUUCCUGCUGGGCCGGUCAAGGUGACUGAGUCAAAGGAGCCCGACGUACAAACCAAGAUUAAGAAGAAACAAAAAGCAUUCGAAAGGACAGUUGUUACGGCGUCGUCAACCCUUCCAACGACUGGAGAGGACGAAGAAGUCCCGGAUGGUAUUGCUGACCAGCUCGCCAACGAGAUUGUGGCUCUAGACGUGAGCAGCGACGAUGACGACGUUGAUUAA